AUGCAGUUCAAGACUUUCUCUGCCUACUUGACGGUAAUGGCGACUGCCACCCAAGCAGCCACGCUGCAAGACAUAUGCAAUGUCAGCUAUGUUCAAGCUGCUCUCCCGGCCACUGACGCAUUCCCCGGCAUCACCAUCAAUGCAUCGUCAGUCUCUACCGCCGUCGCUGCCAACUCUUCCAUAAUACAGUCUGACUGGCACAACGCUGCCACGAUUCGCUACUGCAACGUCACGUUUGCGUACUCCCACAAUGGCAUCGCCGACGAUCUAGUCCAUGUCAGUUACUGGGUUCCCGCCCCGAGCGAGUUCCGGAAUCGCUACCUCUCCACGGGUGGUGGUGGACUCGCCAUCAACUCCGGCAGCAGCAGCCUUCCCAUUGGCAUCAUCAAUGGCGCCGUCUCUGGCAUCACCGACGGAGGGUUCGGGUCCUUCAACACCCAAUGGGACAGCGUCUUUCUGCUGGCCAACGGCACGAUCAACUGGCAGUCGGUUUACAUGUUUGGCUACCAGGCACACCACGAGUUAGCUUUGAUCGGCAAGCAGCUGGCAGCAAAUCUGUACAACGUCCCCAAGAACGAAACGGUUUACUCGUACUAUCUAGGCUGCUCCGAGGGUGGACGCGAGGGGUGGAGUCAGUUGCAGCGCUUUGCCGACCAGUUCGACGGUGCAGUCAUUGGAGCGCCGGCGUUUCGGUAUGGUCAACAGCAGGCGAACCACCUUACAAGCAACGUCGUCGAGCAGACACUCGGCUAUUAUCCUCCAACCUGCGAGCUGGCUGCCAUCGCGAACCUGACUAUUGCCGCGUGCGACAGCCUCGAUGGUCAGACUGACGGCGUCAUUGCGCGAUCCGACCUUUGCAAGCUAAACUUUAAUGUCUCGAGUACGGUUGGCAAGCCGUACUCUUGUGCAGCGACUAAGCCACGGGCCAUGGGCGGCAUCACAAUCGGUGCCGCGAGCCCUGCGCAAAACGGCACCAUCACAGCCAAGGGCGCCGCUGUGGCCGCGACCAUCCUCGACGGUCUGCACGACUCGGAUGGCAAGUUUGUCUAUCUCAGCUACCAACCGGGCGCUUCCUUUUCCGAUGCCGCCACGACGUACAACAACGCCACGGGCGCCUGGUCCCUCGCCAUCAGCGGUCUCGGCGGAGAGUGGGUUGCGCGCUAUCUGGAGCUGCAGAAUACCAGCAACUUGGCCAGCCUGGCCAAUUACACAUACGACACGCUGCGCGACCUCAUGAUUGAGGGACAGACACGCUACGGAGACUCCCUGCAGACGACGCAGCCGGACCUGCGCAGCCUGCGCUCCGCCGGGGCCAAGGUCAUCCACAUCCACGGAGAGCAGGACGACUCGAUACCCACGGGCUCGUCGGUGCACUACUACGAGUCGGUCCGCUCCGUCAUGUACGGCAACAUGACGUACAACGCCAGUGUCGCCGCCAUGGACGACUUUUACCGUCUGUUCCUGGUUCCCGGCGGCGCCCACUGCGGUACGAACUCCCUCCAGCCCAACGGCCAGUGGCCCCGAACCACACUCGAGACUGUGAUUGGAUGGGUCGAGUUCGAUACUGCACCGGAUACCCUUGACACCACGGGAACCAUCAACUCCAUCUGCCGCUGGCCUCUGCGCCCGCUGUGGUCCGGUAACACGACCACGCCGGAAUGUGUCUACGACCAGGCUUCCAUCGACACCUGGAUAUACGAUUUUGACGCUUACAGCACGCCGUUGUAUUAG